CCUCACUGCUCUAACAAUUUUGCAGGCCAAGCCAUCCAUGGCUUCUUCAAUCUCUCUCUCCUUCUCUUCCUCUCUCCUUCCUCAUCCUCUUCCUCUCAACAAAAACUCCACCGCCACCGCCACCGCUGCCGCCGCAGCCUCCCAGAAACCCCAAUACCCCAACUUUAAGCUGCUCCUCCGCGCAUUCGCCACCCCAGCUGUAAGCCGUCGCUCCACUCCAUCUCCGUCUUCCGACACCAGAAAGAGGCACUGGAAGAAAGGUGAAUACCCAGGCGUCUCGGAGACGUCGGCUCCGGCGAAUUACAGAAAAACCCCUGGUCGUUCCACUUCAUCUCCGUCUUCCGACACCAGAAAGAAGCACUGGAAGCGAGGUGAGUUCCCGGGCGUCUCGGAGACGUCGACACCGGCGACUUACAGAAAAACCUCCGCUCGUUCCGCCUCAUAUCCGUCUUCCGACAACAAAAAGAAGCACUGGAAGCAAGGGGAAUUCCCGGGGGUCUCGGAGACGUCGAUUCCGGCUAUUUAUAGAAAACCCCCUUUGAAAAAUGUGAAGAAGAAGCUGGACCGGAAGAACAAUGCCAAGGCCUGGGUCAACACCGUCACGGAGGCCCUGUCAGACGCCAUUGACAAGAAGCAGUGGCUCCAAGCUCUUGAGGUGUUUGACAUGCUUAGAGAACAACCAUUUUAUCAACCGAAAGAAGGGACUUACAUGAAGCUCAUUGGUAUGCUUGGAAGGUGCGGCCAACCCAAUCGUGCCCGCCAGCUUUUCGAUACAAUGGUUGAAGAGGGCUGUGAACCAACUCUUGAACUUUACACAGCCUUGCUCGCGGCUUAUUGCCGGAAUAAUCUGAUUGACGAGGCAUUUUCUGUUCUUAACCUGAUGAAGACUCUCCCGCAAUGCCAGCCUGAUGUUUUUACUUACAGUACCUUGAUAAAGGUUUGCGUUGAUCAUUUGAAGUUUGAUUUAGUUGAGUCCUUGUAUGAGGAAAUGGCUGAGCGGUUAAUAACUCCGAAUACAGUCACCCAAAACAUAGUGUUGAGUGGAUAUGGUAAGGCCGGGAAGUAUGACCAGAUGGAAAAAGUGUUGUCCGGGAUGCUGGAGGGUACAAGUUGCAAGCCUGAUGUCUGGACAAUGAAUGUUAUCCUUAGCGUGUUUGGAAACAAGGGUCAGAUAGAUAUGAUGGAGAGAUGGUAUGAGAAAUUCCGUGAUUUUGGGAUUGAGCCGGAAACUCGCACUUUGAACAUUCUGAUUGGUGCUUACGGGAAGAAAAGGCUGUAUGAUAAGAUGUCAACUGUGAUGGAGUACAUGCGCAAGCUUCAAUUCCCAUGGACAACCGCAACUUACAACAAUGUGAUAGAGGCUUUCGCGGAUGUAGGAGAUGCAAAAAACAUGGAAUACACAUUUGAACAGAUGCGUGCUGAGGGCAUGAAAGCAGACACCAAAACAUUCUGCUGCCUUAUUAAUGGGUAUGCCAAUGCAGGCCUCUUCCAUAAGGUGGUUAGCUGCGUUCAGUUGGCUGGAAAGUUUGAGAUACCUGAGAAUACCACAUUUUACAAUGCGGUGAUAGCUGCAUGUGCAAAGGCAGAGGAUUUGAUGGAGAUGGAAAGAGUUUUCAAUCGGAUGAAAGAGAAGCAAUGUCAAGCGGAUUCCACAACAUACUCUGUCAUGGUUGAGGCAUAUAGUAAGGAAGGUAUGAACGACAAGAUCUACUACUUGAAGCAGGAGAUUGGUGCUGAUGGUAAUCAAAGUGAUCAGAUUAGUGUCGAAGACAAUCAAAAUGAUCAGAUUAGUGCCGAAGACAAUCAGAGUGAUCAGAUUAGUGCCGAAUACAAUCAAAGUGAUCAGAUUAGUGAUGAAGGCAAUCAAAGUGAUCAGAGUAGUUUUGAAGAUAAUCAAAGUGAUCAGAGUAGUUUUGAAGAUAAUUGAAGUGAUCAGGCUUCUGGAGCUGAGUCUGGCAGUGUUGUCUAGUUGAGAUCUUUGGAGGCAACAGUAUGCUCCAAAAAUCCCUAAUCUCACAGGGCAACUCCGUUCCCCGCAGUUCUUCUAAUGCAGCAGCACACUCUUAUUGUGAAAUUGCCGAUCGAUCAGGUAAUCAAACAUUUCCAUUCUCGGAUGGGUGUUAGCAAUGCUGCUUCCUCCAAUUUUAUGUUUCUGGCCAAGGACUGUAUGGAUUGAUCUGAUAGACUGAUAACCCGUGUGAAACUUUGUGGAAAAUGAUUGUACAUACAGAGUUGAUAAGUGUCUCUCUCCAAACUUGAUGCGAUCUCUAAACUAGCAUGCAAAAUUGUACGACGAUUUGUAAGAGUGUUUAACUGUGUUCAACAGAGGAAUUGCUUUUUGUUAUUGCCUGAAAUGUUUUGAAUGUAACUUCACGUAUAUAUUGUCUGCAGCAGCUGCUGGACAAUUAUGGAAGGUGGUCUGUAAACACGUUGUUUUUGAAAAUUAAUCGCUCUUUUCCGUA